AUGCACAACUCUUCUAUCAAGUCGGGGUCAUUCCAGCUUGCGAUCGCUACUGAGGCGCCUCCUUCCUGUUUGGUCAGUGCUUGCUGGUUUAUCUGGUGUUUCGAAGACAUGAAUAGAGAAAGGGAGAGAAAGGGGGAGGAUUUGGAGAAAUUAGCAGUGAUUGAGGUAUUGGGAGGAUAA